UUAAGGAUGCUAACGCUACUCCGAGCUCACGCGCGAGUUCCUCACGCGCACGUCGAUUUUUCAUACUUUUUUGAACGUUUGAUACGGAUAAUAUCAAAAUUCGAGUUAGGUCUCAAUGCGUUAAUCAUAUUGUUUGUGUAUACGUUGUGUUUAUUGCGCGUUUGGCCAAUGAAUAGUCUUUUAUCUUGCAUUAGUGCAGCUGCAAGCGAUAAAUUAACGCACUGCUACUUCAUUACGUCAUCGUUUCUAUAGCAACUCGUUCACAUAGUACGGUGGACGCUCCACGUGAAGCUGAAUCAGAGUUUGAAGAAGCAGCAGCAUCUGUAUUAAAGGAAGAGCUGACCAUGCAGGAUGAGGCGGGUCGCUCAGCCUCGUACACGCUGCCCUGUGAUGACUACGUCCACGUGGUGGAGUUCAGUCCGUACGACUGCGGCUCCGCCUCCUCGCUCCUCGGCUACACCGAAAGCCAGCACGUCGUCGUGGGAACGUGCCGCUUCAAGGAGGAGGAUAUGGAUGUAGAUGGAGUAGAAUUCACCGUUCUGCGUGUCUUCAUGCAUGGGGUUCGUGCUGAUGCUCUUGCCUGGAGUCCAGAAUCCCGACUGGACAAACUGCCUCAGAUGAUCAGGUUUUGCACAGCAUCAGCCGACAGAAAGCUGAGACUCUUUACUUCAGAUCUUCAGAAGCUUGAUGAAGUAAAGGCGAUGGAGGGACACAGCAGCUACAUCAAUCACGUCGUAUUCGAGCCCACGGAAGGAAAGCAAAUAGCAUCGGUCAGUGACGAUCACACUUGCAGAGUUUGGGAUCUGGAAGGGAACGAAAGCGUAUUGUUCCGGCUGUGGUCUCCUGGGGUCUCCGUGUGCUGGCAUCCCGAGGAGGUGUUUAAGCUGAUGGUGGCCGAGAAAAAGGGCACCAUUCGUUUCUAUGACCUCGUCACUCAGCAGGCCAUUCUGUCACUGGACAGCGGGCAGAUGCCUCUCAUGUCUGCUGACUGGUGCCUCACAAACACCAUUAAAGUGGGUGCUGUGGUGGGGAGCGACUGGGUGAUCUGGGACAUCACACGUUCGAGCUAUCCUCAGGACAAGAGACCAGUGCAUUUGGAUAAAGCACGACUCUUCAGGUGGUCGAGAGCAAACGAGAAUCUUUUCGCCACCACCGGCUGUCCAGGAAAGAUCAGCAGUCAGUUACUGGUGCAUCACCUCAGUCACCCACAGCCCGUGAUGAUCGGCUCGUCAGUCGUGGGCUCGGGUUUGAGCUGGCACAGAACGCUCCCCCUGUGCGUGAUCGCCGGAGACCGAAAGCUCUCUUUCUGGAUGACCGAGAUGUGAGCCAGCUUUUUGUCAUGCCUCUAAAGAAUGCUUCUAUUUUUUUUUUCCCUUCCAGCUUACUUCUUUAAUAAAUCAACAUUUUUUUUUUUCAA